AAAGCACACGUAUUCAGAACAGAUCCCUCCACACUGAAGUUUUUUAAAUCUGGAUGAUUAACCGCAAAAAAUGAUCUGCUUACAGCGCGAUUUCCCAAUAUAAUAUGGAAAAUCCACGAAUUCCCCGCGGCGACACGCAGGCAAGGAAGCCUCCAAAGGAGGAGUUUUUCACCCUUACGUGUCAUUUUCCUCUCUUACUUUUCUUCCUAUCAUCUUCCCAAUCAUAGCCCGUCAACACUUGAAAACAAAAUCCCCGACUCUGCAACUGCUCACGAUUAUUCUUCUUCACCGCCGCAGGGAUUUAAUGCAACAACCCAUCUCAAUCCCAUUUCUCACAACACAUGGCGUGAAACAAAGCAAACCCCAGACAAUUAUUCUUCUUCUUCGGUGUAUUGGGAGAAAAUGUGGUCUUGGUGAAACAUUGGAUCUAAAAAUCAAGCAUCUGUGAAUUUAAUGGACGAAGCAGAGGCAGAAGCAGAUGAAGAGUAAUGGCGAUCGUGACAGGCGAUCGGUAUGUGGAGCUGCUGGUGAAAUUCGUGGAGAAGAACGCGGGGUCAUUGCUGGAUGGGAGUGUGGUAUUGAAGUUGAAUCCGGUGGGGUUGCAUUAUGUGCAGUCUAGGCUGGAGGCGCUGCAGGAGCUCGAGAGGCUGCGGACGGGAGCGCCUGUCGAUUACCUGCGCGCGUACAUUGCGGAUUUGGGGGACCACAGAGCGCUGGAGCAGCUCCGCCGUGUGCUGCUACUCUUGACGUCUCUCAAAGUGGUCUCUGUUUUGCCCCAUCCCUGUAGAGAUCCCACACCGCUCCCGCUCUUGCUCUUUGCCCGCUUGAGGUUUUUGGAGCUCCGGGGAUGCGACCUCUCCACCUCUGCCGCCAGAGGCCUCUUGGACCUGCGACACACUUUGGAGAAACUCAUUUGCCACAAUUCCACGGAUGCCCUCAGGCAUAUUUUUGCAGGAAGGAUUGUGGAUAUACAGGAUUGCCCUGUAUGGACUCGAUUGUCCUUUGUGUCUUGUGCUGGGAACACCAUGGUUCUCAUGGACGAAUCUUUGCAAUUGCUUCCUGUGGUUGAAACUCUGGAUUUGAGUCGAAACCGCUUUGCCAAAAUUGCCAACCUACGGAAAUGCACAAAAUUGAAGCAUUUAGAUCUGGGUUUCAACCAUAUCCGCACAAUUUCAUCAUUGAAUGAGGUUACUUUUGGGAUCAGUAAGCUUAUUCUUAGAAAUAAUGCAUUGACAACCUUGCGUGGGAUUGAAAAUUUAAUCACUCUAGAAGGACUUGAUCUAUCGUUUAACAUGAUAUCCAAUUUUGCGGAGAUUGAGUUGCUUGCAAGUCUUCCUUCCUUGGAAAGCCUCUGGCUGGAAGGUAAUCCCAUAAGUUUUGUUCGACUUUAUCGGCAACAAGUUUUCAGCUUCUUUCCUAAUCCACGUAAAUUGAUAUUAGAUGAAAAAGCGAUCAGUGGGAGGGAGGCCUGGACAGCAAAGAUUAUUGUGGCAAGAAGACAGAAGCAACGAACUGGUCAUGGGUUCUAUGCACCUGCAAAAUGUGAAAUUCAGUCAGAUGACAGUAGCAAGCUGAGAAAUUCUUUCAAGUCAUGUGAAACCAGUAGGUCUGCUAGUCUCCAACAUAAGGCUAAGACAAAAUUAUCUCGGCUGGCUUGGAUUGAGGAUUCAGAAAACAAGAGCUAUAUGCUUUCAGAAGGUGUUGAACAGGAUGAAUCUUGUCCAUCUACUUGUGAUAGUGAAAGCCAGAGAUGGGACAGAAUUGAUAUCGGUGAGAAUAUUAGGACAAGUGCCCUGGAAUUGAUGAGUAGGAUAGAAUUUCUCAAGAGAGAGAAAUCAACCACAUGUUUUCAGGAAAUGACAAACUUGUUGGACCAGACUAACGAUGACAUGGAAGAUCACCUUUGGGGUGUUAAUUAUAAUUCUAGGAAUGAAGAGGCUUGUAUGGAAAGUAGAAAUCUGUCAAAUAGAGAGGAUGAUUGUUUUAAAGAAAAUUCAGUGGGCAUCAAAGAGCCAACAGAUCAUGGUGAGCGAGAUUUUCAUGAUGCCAAGUCACUAGAGAUGCUAGAUGAAACAAACAAUGGUGACAAAAUGGUGAAUAAAGUAGAAGCAAAUUCCAUUGUGGAAAACUAUUCUCCAAAGGGAAAAACUUUGUUAGAGUCCUUGUCAAAUAAUGGAACUUUGUUGCCUGCUUGUCCACAGUCAGAAAUCAGAGAAUCGAAAGUCUCACAGGAAGUAUUGAAUGGUCUUGCAUACGACUCAGUGGGAAAGUUGACAAGAGGAAAUUUAAUCUCAUCUCUACAUGGUAAUAUAACAGAUGAGGAAAUUAGUUUGGAUAAAAGCUUGGACUCACUAAAGGCUAUAGAUGAAAUAAUGGAAUCCCGUUCCUCUUCUUAUUGUCACAGUUCCCCCCCUCACUACAAGAAAGACAUACUCCAUCGUCGGCAGAACUUGGAGGAAGAAUUUAUGCAGCUUUCUCUUGAAUCAUAUUCUCUGGCUUCAUCAUCAGACAGUGAGACAAGUCAAGAUGAAUUAUAUCUAUCUGAUUCCUCAUGUUCUAUUGAUUGUCAACCUACUUCUCCAUUAAAUAUAGAAAGAGACAUUACAGACAUUGAGUUUGAUACAGUGUGUGAUGAUAUCAAAGAGGAAAGUGACAGAAGUCAUCAGAGUACAUUGGUCAAGGAUCAAGCCUUCCUUGCUAAUGGCCACCCACAGUCAAAUGCAGUGGAAAAUUCAAAAAUGUAUCAUGCCAUACCAUCACAUACAGAUGACAUUUUGGUAGAUGCAGGGGUUGGAGGGCUUCCUCAGUCCUCUGCUGAAGUUAUGUCACAGAUGAUGGAGAAAAAAAACAUAAGAAAGAAGAAAAGAAGGGUGGUUCUUUUACAUGCAGGCAUGGCUUUGGAUGGAAAGUGUGAGCAAACUGGCAAUUCCUCUAGCUUUUCUUCAGGCAGCAUCAGAAAUGGUAUGAGACUAUCAGUUUCCAAGGAGGAUGGAAUUGUUAAUUCAGAAGGAAACAAACUGCAUGUGGCAAACUCUUCAUAUAAAGUGAAGGAUCUAUGUACAAAUUGUGCUGAAACUUCAGAUUGCAACAGCAAUACAGUAGAUGUGAUGUCAUACGAUUCCCUAGAGUUGUACUUUCAUCACAAAGUUGCAGAUUCUCGGGUAUCAGAGAGAUGCAUAUAUUAUGUCUCUUGCAAUUGUGUCCGUCUGUGGGAAGAUGAUCCCAGUGAGAGACAAGUUGCAGUGUUGUUGAGUAGUGAAAGCAAACUGUAUAUAGUACUAACAUCAUCAAGUUUAAGUCAGCCAGGCUUGCAAGUGUUGGGAAGCCAUGGGCUCCACGAUAUUAGUAAUAUUCUUGUUGGAGUUGGUUUGCAGGCUCUAAGGGUUAAUGUUGGCUGUGCGGCAUCUUACCUGUUUCUAACACGAAAUAUAGUGAAGUCAAGAGAGUUACUUGACAUGCUUGGAAAUUGCCAUCUGAGCACAAGUGUUGAAAUUUCCAAAUUUCCUUUGCAAAGUUGGGAGCACAUGCAAAUUGAACUUUUUGAAAAAUUUGCUCUUGGAGGUGUCAGAUUGAAUAUAAUAUUGUAUACCAUGCUGCUUUUUGAAAAAGGUACUGCAUGGUUUGCAAGGUCACUCAUCUUGACUGCAGACUAUAUAUUCUUGUGUGUUGAAGAUUUGGUGCAGUUUGGAUCUAUCUCAGAGGAGGCUGUAAUUUCCGAGCCUUAUUUUGUUCUUGAAGCAUGGUCUUCUGUAUGCAACAUCGUAGAAUUGGUCAUUGAGUCUAAGCAAUGUCAAUCCGUAACAUUAGUGUUUAGCAACAUCAUCUGUGGGAAAUUCCAACUUGUCACAGAGAACAGAGUUUUCUUAUCCAAUGACAGUACUGAAGCAUAUAAAGAUGAGUUAGGCUGCAUUGUCUGGAAGCUGAAGGGAUUUACAGAAGACACAUUGCUGAAGUUUAUCACCUUGCUGAGGGCUGUUUAUAUGGAAGCUACAAUGCAUCCUUUAACUGUAAAAAGUAUUGUGUAACUCUUAUGGCUGUAUAGCUGGGGUUUGGAUAUUUAUCAUCAUUUCUCUGUCAUAAUGGGCUUUGAUUUCGCCCUGUUGUGAUUGCUGCCUGUUUCUUGUUUGUACCUGUCACAUAUAUAGAGUCGGCAGUAAGCCAAUUGUUUGAACUGCCGGAAGAGUUGUAUGAUUUGGUUUGUUGAAGUAUCCCUUUGAUGCGAGAGCUUCACCAAUGUAAUUUUACGGAAUGGAAUUUGUACAUAUCCAUCAACGAUUGUUUUACAAAGUCAGUGAUGCCAGGGUUUGGUCUGCCUGUAUUGAGGUGUGUUAUUUUUUCAUGUUUACUUAAAAAGUUUCUGGCAGAUUCUUUUGGGUUAAUCAGACUCUGCUGGCAGGAUUUUUUGUCGUUUUAUCAGUCAACAAGCAGUUUGAUGCCGAAAUCUAUUUUGUUAGAAACGUAAUUUUUCUACAUGCUCGAAGAAGUUUGUUUCUGAAGAUUACUAAGAUUUAACUUCUCAUCGGCAAUGUUCUUUGGAAAUAAGUGCAUACGUUUGAUACCUUGGUAUCCUUGCAGAGGUAGGAAAGUCCAGUUCUUUUCCAUAAAGAUCAAUUUCUGAUGGAUUUCUGCUGCCAAACAUUCGGAGCCUAGGAAAUCUUGCUAAAUGUCUAUGGCCUGGCUGUUGCCAGCCUUAUUAUCAUAGUAACCAGGGAUAUCCAUAACAAUAAUUUACAAGUCAAGCAUUUGUAUUGUCUCUUCAUGUACUUACUGUAUCAUAGCUGCUGGAGGUUUUCUAGGUUACAUAUUAACAAAUCAAGGGAAAUUUUCUGUUGCA